AUGGCCGAGCUGUACCUCAACCGUGGAUCUGGACUCGAUUCUGUAUUAGAGCUUCACGUCUUUUGUGUUCCGGCUGAUCUGUGGAACAGCACGUUAAACACGGUUUCCACCCACGCCAUUAGCAAGUUCAUCUCAGUUGGAUUUGUCAGGGUGUUGCCUGAGCUGAGCUUGAAAGCACUGAGACUGCAGAUUGGAAAUCUCCUUGGAGCUGAUGCAGUCGAUGACAAAUUUGCCUUUCUAAAAUGUGUUGGGAGGAGUUUGGCAGUGGUCAGGACAAAGCAAGAACUGGAACUCAAAGUGAAGUUAUUCGCCCCUCCCCAUGCUCCCCAGCCAGAGCUGUACCUCCUACCCGGCAUGGGAUUGGUUGGCAGGAGACAACCAAGUGGCGUGUUGACGCCAGGAGCUCAGCAACGUCCUAAGGGAGUCUCAAAGUCCUAUGUCUUACACCCGAGUCUGCCCUCGGAAGGCAGCGAGUCUUCAGGAGGUUGUAAGUCUUUUGGUUGUUCCUGCCAAGUGUGCGUGGCCAAGGAACUGGACAGGGACUGUGCCUACUUGACGGAGGAGGGACCUCAGAGUUCGAACCAAGAAGAAAACGUAGCAGGAGGAGUUCGGAAAGCUGAGACAAUUCAGUGUGCAAGGACACCGGAAAUAAUUAGCACCAGCCUGCCUCUGCCUUGCAGACCUUCAAGUGCAAAUUUAGAAAAUGGGGAUUUGAGGGAAUGUAAAGGCAAUGAUUAUUCCCGGGAGUUUGACAGGACAAAGAGUCCGGAUGUGUACGCUGCUUGGGAGCAGGAAUCAUCACUUGGUAAAGACACAAAACAAUCCCAUCCGAAAAUAGCAAGGAGUCAACAGGACAAGCAUCAAGCACAGCAGAGGACAAAAGGUUCUGUGGCAAAUGUUGGCACGGGAGAAUGUGGGCUCUUGGUUUUCCGAGUGGAUGCAGUCAUGGUCAUAGAUCAGCAAGUGAGUCAAGGUUCAGAAUCUAGAAAUGUUGGACAAGAGACCAGCCAGCCACCAGGCAGCAGCAGAGAACCGGACCAUCCACUGGGUGGGAAGCAGUAUUCCCUUCCCCCACCCCCGCCUCUCCUGACCGUCACUGUACAAGGGUCACCACUUCCAACAGACAAAGAACAUCUUGUUGCUCAGAUAAACGCUGUAAAACAAGAAAGAAAAAGCCUUGAAAAGGCAAGGGAAGAACUGGUGAAGAAGGCAAAAGCAUUGCUGUCAGAAAACCGAUUAAGGCGAAACCAAGCACGUGACAGCUGGAAAAAGCGGUACUUCGAGUCGAAGAAAGCGACGGCCCCGCUAGAAGAAACGUCCAGCAAGUUACGGCAGGAGCUGGAGAUGUUCUACCUGAAGCUGCUGCAUCAGCUGGCGGCCAGAGAGACAAGGAAAGGGUUCCAGAAGGCAGCAAGUGCCAGCGGUUCUAAAAAUGAAUUAAUUAUCCAGAUUACAACACUCAAGCACGAAAUUGAUCAACUUUACCGAAGACUGGAAAAUGCCAAAAUGAAGCUGGUCACUGAGAUAAAGCUGAGGAAACAGACAUUGACAGAUCUCCGAGCUCUCCGAGCUGAACUGGUGCAGAAAAAGACCCAGUCAUCUCUAACACGCCUGCACACUGGCUCCACCCCUCGCAGCCUGAACAUUUUCACCAGCUAGCCAAUGACGGAGUGCUAGGUCAGCUGCCACGAUCUCCAACAUUGCAAUGGCAUCCG